AUGACGCUCGGAGGCGAUGGCCCAUGGGCUGUCUCCGUCAUGUGGAUACUUACAGCCCUUACCUUUGUCUUCGUUCUCCUCCGUAUCUACACCAGGGCCUACGUGGUGGAAAGCUAUGGGCUGGAUGACCACGUCUACAACUUCGCGUUUGUUCUCCUGCUGUGCUACACAAUCAUGACAACCAUCGCAGCCCAAUAUGGCUUCGGCCAAAACAUGUUCGACAUACAGGAAGUUGAAGACCUUGUCAAAGCUAUUUUGUUCGAGGCAAUCGGCCAAACAUUUGCGGUGGUCGGCAUGGCGGUGGCAAAGUGGUCGCUGGGUCUCUUCUUGCUGCGCCUUGUCACGCAAACAUGGCACAAGGUCGUCAUAUGGAUUACGAUGGGAAGCUUGCUGGCAGCGUCUAUAUCUGUCUGCUUUGUGUUCUGGCUGCAAUGCUCGCCACCGGCUUACCUCUACGACAGGAGAGUUCCUGGGGGUUACUGCUACAUCAACACCACGCCAGUGUCGUUUACCUUGUGCAACUUCUUCUUCGCCAUCUUCCCAUGGGUCUUCCUCUGGAAGCUCCAGAUGAACCAGCGGGAGAAGAUUAUCAUUGCUGCAAGUAUGAGUCUUGGGUUGAUCGCCGGUGCAUGCGGUAUUAAAAGGACCAUUGAAGUCCCCAAUCUGUCAAGUACAAACUACACCAUUGGUCUCAUUGUCUGGUCCGCUGCCGAAAUCGCCAUCACCAUGAUCUGCAUUGGCGUCCCUGUCGUCCGCCCCCUCUACAAAGGCUUCAUCGACAAGCUCACGUCCCGCGCCACCCGCUCAACAUCCGGUUACAAGAAACAAAGUGGUCCACGAUAUGGGCUCAAGACAUUGGGGGGGAGCACCAUGCCUGGAGCGAGUCGGUGGCAGGCUGAGACAACUGAGGGGGAGGAGGGUGAUGACAAAGCAAAGAAAGCCGAGGAACGGACAAGGCAGCUGAAGAUGGGCGUGAACGGCCCCUUCACUCAUACCAAGGCUGUUGGUGGGAGGACCAUGCCGGCUAAUAGGAGUGAUGAGGAGAUUUUGGGGCAGGAGUAUCGAGAGAACAUGGCGGAUGACGUGGAGAAUGGAAGUGGGAGGGGUAGUAACAUUCAGGUUGUCGAGACUUGGACUGUUGAUCGGUCGUCACCGGUUGGGUCGCGGGGGAGGUAUUGA